AACAAACAUGGCGGACUAGUAGUAGUCUUAACUGGAAGUUGUCCUGCAAUUUUCUUCCAGUUUUUACUGCGUAGGACGCUGGUUGCGAUUUAAUUGUGGACAUCCUUCAUCAAAGUUUAAUUUUAAAGUGUUUGUAGACCUCUUGAUUGCUUUAUUUCUGCAUUGGUUGGAGAUCUAACCGCAAUUUUAUUGAAUCUCCCGCGUGCCGUAGAUCAAUGUCUGAACAAAGUGAAACAUAAUCUUUACAAUCAUCGUUUAGAUUAUGUGUUAUUUAUCAUGUCUAUGAGCAGCGAUGAGGUCAACUUUCUAGUUUACAGAUAUCUUCAAGAAUCAGGAUUUCAGCAUUCUGCUUUUACUUUUGGAGUGGAGAGCCAUGUAGACCAAUCAAAUAUUAAUGGAUCCAUUGUACCACCUGGUGCUCUGGUGUCAAUCAUUCAGAAAGGUGUACAGUAUGUUGAGGCGGAGGUGACAUUAAAUGAGCAUACCAUUAGCACAGAACACAGCAGCAUACAAGACCGUCUUCCAAAAUUAUCAGAGACUGCUCCAAAGAUGAAAGAUCCAAGCAACAUUCCUGCACCAAAUACUGCCUGUACAUUGGCACCAAUGAAAGCUCUAUUACAAAUAAGAUCUGGAGAUGGUACAGCAAGACUGUGGCCAAUAAAUGAGACAGGAAUAGGAACACCUAUCAUUCUACGUCAUCAAUUCAAAGAUUUAGAAAACCAUAAAAAUACAACCAAGGAUAUAACAUGUCUGGAGUGGAAUAAUGAUGGAACUCUGCUAGCCACAGGUUCAUGUGAUGGGCAGGCAAGGAUUUGGUCUCCAGAAGGGGAACUGGUUAAAACACUAGGUGAUUACAAAGGACCAAUAUUUUCCAUCAAAUGGAACAAGAAAGGAAACUAUCUAAUAAGUGCUGGAGUGGAUAAGAGCACUUUUGUUUGGGACUCAAAUAACUGGGAAGUUAAACAGCAAUUUUCUUUCCAUCAAGCCCCCAUACUAGAUGUAGACUGGCAAAACAACACAAGUUUUGCAUCUUGUUCAACCGAUAAAAUCAUACAUGUCUGUAAAAUAGGAGUUGAAAAACCUGUCAAAUCAUUUCAAGGACACACUAGUGAAGUGAAUACAAUUAGAUGGGAUCCAUCAGGGUCUUUCCUAGCAUCAUGUUCAGAUGAUCUAUCAGCUAAGAUAUGGAGCACCAAACAAGAUACCUGGUUGUUUGAUCUCCAAGGUCACAAAAAAGAAAUAUAUACAGUAACAUGGAGUCCAACAGGACCAACAACAGUGUUUCCUAAUGCACCUCUUCUCUUAGCAAGUGCUUCAUACGACACAACAGUCAAACUAUGGGAGCUGGAGCGUGGCUCCUGUGUUCUUUCUCUCUCCAAACAUCAAGAAGCAGUGCACUCUUUGUCAUUUAGUCCUGAUGGCAGAUACAUUGCAUCGGGGUCUUUUGACAGGGCACUGAAUGUCUGGUCAACACAGACUGGCACGCUACUUCAUAGUUACCAUGGUAAUGGGGGUGUAUUUGAAGUACAGUGGAGUCCAAGAGGAGACAAAGUAGCUGCGUGCUUUUCAGACAAUACGCUGUGCGUUUUAGACGUCCGGAAUCUCUGAUGUUUUUAAACCUCAUCCUAUGUACAAAUGUUCCUGGAGAACUUCAAAAGUAACUUUCCAUCACUCAGUCCACCACAGAGAAGUCUAACGCAAGAGAACUCGCAACUGUCAGCUAGUUGUGAUAACUUGAAAAUCCAUGAAAUGCGUCAAUUUACAGAACCAACGGACCAAAAAACCAAUUUUGAUUUUCACUAUCGAAAUAUCGCUACUGUUUGCUUGAUGUUGACUGAGAAAAUUCGAUUUUUUUAAAUUUAUUUUCAAGGGAUGAUACGUAUUUAUAUUUUUGAGUGCUGGCCCCAGCAGAGGACGUAUACCCGAAGAGUUUUCGGCUGUUUUUCCAAAAGGAAAAUAGCAAGAGGGUUCGGAAAGAAGUCGGUAACAUAUCGAUAUCGUGUGACAUUGUAAUGACCGACAACUUUUCCUACAUUAAUUUUAGUCGACUUUAACAAUGAAUAUUUCAACCUCUGUCAUUUUCAUCGUUGUGGAAAGUUUUCUUUAGUUCUGCGCAAGAACGCGUAUUUAUUAAUUCUGAUGAUAAUCUUUUUUAAUAUUUGUUACCUUAAUACUUAAAUCGCUUCAAACUUCACUUUAACUAAUACCAGUUCUCAUUGUGGCUCAUUACGCGAAGGUGAAAAAUUUCUUCCACGUUAUUUGGACCACUGAAGAGAAAAGCUUUUGGUGUCCAAUCAUUACCUCGACUGUUAUGUAGUAAACAUUUGUGUUUUUAUCGUGUAUCAUAUCACCAGACAUAUUCUCUUCCGAUGUAAUUAUGUUGAAGAAAUUCUAUCAAUAGGCUGUACUUUUAAAUUACAAAUAUCAACAUUAAAUUUUAAAGUGCAUAACUAAGUAAUAUCUAAGUAUGUCGAGUAAAAGAGAUUUGUUUACAA